CGUUUAUAUGUCAAACGUAUGUCAAAAGUUCGCUGCAUGAAAGAGCGGACGGUUUUAUGUUUAAUAAUACUGACAAAAAGUAAACAUUGUGUUAAUUGUGCUAUUUUUUUCAACCAACAGUGUAAUAGAGUGUGAUUUAUGUUUGCUUAAAAAAGCAUAAAUAUGUAUCCAAGCUACAUGAACAAACCAACGUUCAUGACAAAUACAGCAAAUACAGGCUUUGGAGCGUCCACAUCCUCUUUUGGACAACCGUCUGCUAACACUUCUAUGUUCUCAUCUAUGCAACCGUCGAAUAUAUUCCAGACACCCAGUACAUCCUCUUUUAACGCAGGACCAUCCACUCAAAGUAGUUUUGGCACAAAUUUAUUCGGUCAACAACCCCAACCCUCUACAAGCGGUUUAUUCGGUACCAGCAAUGCAUUCGGCCAAAAUAAAACAACAUUCGGAUUUGGUUCCACGCCAGCACAGACGGGGUUAUUUGGACAACAACCCCAACAACAAGCUGGAACAUCUCUUUUUCAGUCAAACAGUUCAAACUUAUUCGGUAGUAGUACCUUCGGAAAUCAAACCACCGGAACCGUCAUCAAGUUCCAACCGGUCACAGGCACCGACACUAUGCAGAAAAACGGUGUCACUACAUCCAUCAGCACCAAACAUCACAGCAUCACUUGCAUGAAAGAAUACGAAAGCAAAUCUUUCGAAGAACUAAGAUUUGAAGACUACUCUUGUAACAGAAAAGGACCCCAACAACAAACGGGUUUCGGUGCUGCUCCUUUCGGUGCCUCCACAAGCGGAUCGUCGACGUCUCUUUUUGGACAAACAGACAAUAAGCAAGGCUUCGGCCAGCCGCAAGCUUUCGGUCAAACCCCGGCCUUUGGACAGACAACUCCAGCGUUCGGAGUCACGAACCAGACCAAUACUCCCAACCUUUUCGGGAAGCCGAACACUUUCGGUGCGACCACGAGCACGACACCUGCGUUUGGGUUCAACCAAACACAGUCGACUUCCAACCCUUUCAGCGCCACGCAAACACAGAAGCCUUUUUCGCAGCCGCUGUUCGGUACCACCACCACGCAGGCGCAACCGAGUUUUGGAACGGGGGUUUUCGGACAAACUAAUACUCAGAACACUGGUACGAAUUUGUUUCAAAAGCCGGUGCAGCCGACGACUGGAUUCAAUACGGGCCAACAAGGGUUCUCCUUCAAUCAGGCCGGUACCACACAAGCUUCGAAUUUGUUCCAAGUGUCCAAACCCAACACGGGAUUUGGGAUAUUCGGGCAAACUAACACCACUCCAGCGUUCGGGCAGACGAGCCAACCCACCUUUGGGACGAACUUUGGAAAACUUACACAACCGACGUUCACUCAACCGACACAGCCGGCAUUUGGCACAAACCUAACUGGUGGUCUUCAGCAACCCUCUUUGUUCGGCAGUACAGCUUCCAAACCUCCUAGUCUUUUCGGGAGCACAAACACAGGAGGUAGCCUUUUCAACAAUAACGUAUUCCAGCAAACACCAACAUCGUUUUCUUUGAACAUGAACCAACAACAACCGCUUCAAUUCCCGCCGGAACCGUCCGACGAAUCCAAGAACAUUUCGUUGAUAGCCACGGAUAGCUUUCCGGAUGGUCCGCACGUGUACGGAUUGGAGCCUGUGUUGACAGACUCCAGCAACAGUACCACGAACCCGAAGGACAUCAAACUGUUGCUCGACUAUUCUAAGAAGAGGGACGAAAUGUUGGGGACCAAAGCGAAGAUUAAGGUGCAGAUGCCCAAGCCUAAACGCGGAAACAACUACAAUAAGGAGUUUUUCGAAACGAAUCAAACUCUGAAAGGGUCUCACAAAUGCCUAGUGAUACGGAAAUUCAACGACAAUAAUAAUUCUAUAUACAAUAAAUACAAGAACGAAUUGUUGGAAGAAGCCGAAGAAUGUAUGAAGGCGGCAAGUGAAGCCGAUUCAAGUUCGAUUAUUAGCCCCAGAAGUAACAUUUCCGAUGCUGGUACUUACGGCGAAACGUUGAGUGAAUACAAAGGGCGAAUAAUGAAUUUGAGGCUCCAGUUCGACACGACAGCCACAGAGGAUACCGAUGACACUCGAACGGUCGAUGAUUCUGUAUUCUCUCCUUCUGCGGUUUCCUCCAAAUCUAAUAUUCUAAGUGAAUCGAGGUCGUCGAAGUCACUACCUCCAAGCCAAGUCAGCAGUAAUAUGACCCUCAUAGAUGAUGAUCCAGCCGGUGCUGAAACCGACACCGAACCUCCAUCAGUCACCACAACCAACGAACCCGAAAUUAUCGAGAACGCCGCUGGCGUAAUACUAUCUAAACCCGAGUACUACAUGUACCCUGCCCUCAAAGACCUCCAACAAUACAUGGACGACAACGGCGAAUGCGUCGUACAAGGACUCACAAUAGGCCGUAGAGGCUACGGAAACGUGUACUUCCCUGACCCUAUAGACAUUUCCAACAUGAACUUUGACGAGAUCGUGCAUUUCCGUCAUCGCGAAGUGAUCAUCUACCCAGACGAUACCAAAAAGCCGCAGGUGGGCGAAGGGAUCAACCGACGUGCUCAGGUCACCCUCGACAAGAUCUACCCGAGAGAAAAAGGCACGAAUAAUUACAUAACCGACGUAAACCAAAUCCUCCAAACCAACUUCGUCGAUAAUCUGAUGCACGUGACCCAGAAACACAACUGCAAGUUCGUGGAUUAUCGACCGAAAACGGGAUCGUGGGUGUUCAAGGUGAAACAUUUCUCCAAGUACGCGUUUACGGACAGCGACGAAGAGGAAUGCGAAGUCGGAGGGGAGAAAGCCAUCGCGAAGAAAGCAGCGGACCUUUUGAAGAAGAUUGAGGAAGUUGAGGAGAUGCCCUUCGGUCUGGGGGGAGGGCUUCAGGUUAUGAAGAAUCAGACUUUAUUGAAGGACGUGGAUAGUUUCGUCACCGAUCCGACUAUGCUGGAUUAUUGGCAGGAAGAUCACUAUAUGCUCACUGAGGAGAUGUACCAUACAGAGUCAGCGAUUCAGACUCUUAAAUCUUCCCUUUUUACAAAUUUAGACAAGAUUAAGGAAAAGAAGCAACCUGAAAGUGUAGUUGUGGAAACCAGGCAACUAGUACCGAGUGAGGUAGUCGUUUCACCGACGAUGUACAAGUUGCCGGAUAUAUCACUCAUAGUACACCCGGAGAAGGUUACUUCGACCCAAAGAUGUUACACGGAGCUGGCUAUCUUCAAAUGUAAUAAUUACAAAAUCGGGUGGGGUAAAGGGUUUAACUUCUAUAACUCGGACCCUAUUGCCGAUAGUGAGGUUAUCUAUACACUUAAUCACUGCAACAUGAACGUGGACGCUCCCGGACACUACAAUUCAAUGAUGCCAAAUUUAACCGACAUGUUGAAAGUAACUCUCGCCGAAAGCGACUUUACUUUUGACAACGACAAAGUUCCUACUUUACAUAUCAGGAAAGAUCUGUCCUACUUGCAAAAACAAACCAACUUAUUUAAUGAUCACGUGAGACACCAGACCCUGACGGGCCGCGACAAGUACCUAUGUAGCGUAUGGAAUCUAUGUUCAGCUCUUUGGGGUCCCGGCGAUAACUCCUCUUGUAGUAGACGACAAUACGUUAGCGAUUGGCUUAAAAAAUUCUCGUACGACCUGUCUGACGAAUGGAGCAUAGACGAACAUCUAGAGAUGCAAGAAUCCGAAACGUUUAAAACCAUUUUCAAACUACUUUCGUUUUAUAAAAUUCCGGAAGCGUGCGAGUUCGCUAGUAAAAAUAAUCUGCACAGAUUGAGUCUCUUGAUAAGUCAGAUGAGUGCCAACGAUAGAGACAAGUACUGGAUGGAAAAAUUUUUGGAUGGUUUCGUCUGGAAAGAGAGGGGCGUGAUUGUCGACGAUUUUAAAAAACUAUAUUUGCUUCUAGCUGGUAUACCUACUCGCGAAACUAUUAAUACUUGUGACGACUUAAACUGGAUGAGAAGCUUCGGCUUACACUUGUGGUAUAUAGCUCCGGCGGCUGCACCAAUCGAUGUUGCGUUUAAUUUGUACAAGAAAGCUUUCGUGGAAUCGGAAUAUGCUUGCAAACCUAUACCACCAUAUUGUGAAUCUCAGUCGCAAACCAGCCAAUUCGAUCUGCUUUAUCAUAUUCUGGCUCUGUAUGUUGACGGUACUUACCAGCUUUGUAAUGUACUUCACCCAGAGACGCACACUGAAAACGCGAUGGACUACAGACUCAGCUGGUUCAUUUUGCAACUAUUCUUGUCCCUGGAAGCGGGUUUAAUCCGCGACUCUGAGAAAGAGCACCUUCACACUACGUUCUCCACUCAGUUGGAAAAUAUGGGUCUUUGGAAGUGGGCGAUAUUCGCUCUUCUCUUCCUCGAGAAUAACACCGUUAAGAAAUACCUGAUCACUAGAAUCCUGGACCGAAAUCUAGCGACGUUCGCCGAAACCGCACAAGUCGAGAAAGAGCUGGUCCAAACGUUCCACAUUCCCCCAGCCUGGAUUCACGAAGUGAAAGCCACUAAAAGCAAAGUCGGCGGUCACUACUACGACUACUUCCAACACUACGUCUACAUGGAAGACUGGCAAAAUGCGAGCAGCGCGUUCGUUUCUCACAUUUUACCCGAAUUGUUUGUCAACGAGCAGUACGACUACCUAACGUUUUUCCUCAACAAACUGGAACCCAUUUCCAAUGUUCUUAUCAACUGGCAAACCCAAGGUGGACUCAUUAAGGAAUUUCUUGAUUUGCAGGAUAACCUCUCUCAAGGCAGCGACGAUGGAAUCAGCUACAUCGCCGGGAAGUUGAGCUCGUUAUUCCGAAGAAUUAGUUCUUUCCCACUAAAGAAUGACCAACAGAAACUAUGCGUUGCUGAGCUGUCGAGAAAAUGUGCCUUGCUUUUUAAAUUGAUUCACAAAACUUUGGACAGUCAAGAGUUCCAAGCUAAAUUUAUAGACGUCCUGAGCAAUUUGGUCAUGCCUCCGGACAUCAAGCACUAUGAAAUAUUCUAUCUCAUUUCUAAAUAUAUACAAGAAUCGGACGCAUAAGCCCGAUCGACGUACUUUCUAAAUUACUAUCGUGUUAUACAAUCUUUGUAAUCUUGUUUUGGCAAUAUUUUUAAAAUCAGUUUUGUAUGUGAAGUUGUCAAUAAAAUUUUAGUGGUAAUACGAAAA